ACAAAGGCAAGAUGGAUGCCUGCUGAGUCCAGGCCCAGGCCAGGUUUUUGAAAAACAACAAACAGCAGAGUAACCUAAAUUUUGUAUCCACUUUAAUUACUUUGAAACUAUUUACAUAAACUACCAAGUACAUUUACAUAUAAGUAAUGGCAUCACAAGAAAACAAAGAUGAUUGUCCUCAAGAGACUGUAGAUAUUCCACCACCUAUACCAUCAGUCACAGAACCCCAGAAACAGAUAGCCAGCCAAGCUCUACAGGAAUUUGAAAAGAAGAACUAUGGUGCUUGUUGUAAUCUUACACACAAACUUUUUGUUGAACGUUCAAUGGAUCCUAAAGUGGUUCACAACAAAGCAGUAGCAGAAUUUUAUCAAAGUGGAUUCUUGACUACAGAUGAAUUUAGACAGAGCCUUGAUAAAGUUUGCCAGAUGGCUAACAUCAGUAUGGAUAACAGUGACAGUUUAGAAGAUGUAGAUCAUAGUGUAUUGUACUUUAACCAAGCGGUUAUAUUUUACCAUCUCAGACAGUAUAAAGCUGCCACUAAAGUCCUAGACAAACUCUUCCAGUUUAUAGAACCUAUAGAAGAAAAUUUGGCAAAGAAGGCAAUAAUGUUACUUGUUGAAUUAUAUCUGUGUACUUUUCAACCAGAGAAAGCCAUGGGAAUGUUAAGUUAUGCAGAGAAGAAUGUAUUUAAUACUGGUAAAUCUGGGGGAGAGAAAGAAGGAAAGGAUAAAGAAGAUAACAUGGCUGAUGACCCAUUAAAAACUAAACUUAGUCUGUACAAAACAAGAUGUUUACUAAUGAUGAAAUCAAUGAAGUCUAGUAAAAGAGAAAUUAAAGCAUUAAUUACAGCUCAUCCUAUGAAUUUAUCAGUGCUCUAUCUAAAGAGUAAUUUCGAGUACAUGAGAAGUAAUCACAGGAAAGCCAUGAAGAUGAUGGGUAUAGCACCUUCAUCAUCAACCUUAUUUACAGAAGCAGGAGAAUGUCUACCAGUCAUGUACCAUAAUAACAUGGGAUGUAUUCACUUCUAUCUGAGGAAACAUCAUCUUGGAGCAUUUUACUUCAGAAAGGCUAUACAAGAAAAUGAGAAUGCUCUUAGAGAUAUAACUAGGGGGGCUGAACAUAAUAAAAAUUUAUCAGGAAAGCCCUUACACAGUAUUGGUAUGAGUCGUCACUAUGAACUGUUAUAUAAUAUGGGAAUACAGAUGUUGCAUUGUGGGAAGCCUGUUGCAGCAUUUGAUUGUCUAGUUGAAGCUGUUCAGGUUUUCAGAACAAAUCCUAGACUGUGGUUGAGAUUGGCUGAGUGUUGUAUAAUGACAAACAGAGAAAAUAAUGAUGAUGACAGAAAACUUGAAAAAAGGUUGGAAGUUAUACAAGGGUCAGAUGGAUCUGGAAUUCAUCGUAAAUUAAGAUUAGGACCUGGUUUGAGAACUGAUAGAGUAAGUCCAGGGACACCAGCUAUUCCAGCAUCAACAUAUGAGUUUGCAGCUUUGUGUUUACGUAAUGCCUUGAUGUUACUUCCUGAAGAAACACAGAAAAGUGAUAUACCAAAUACAGAUGAUCAGGAUGGCAUAAAACCAAACCCUGAGUCAUUACUGGUUCCUGCUCCUCCUGGUAACCCUAUGAAAAGUAUUGAAGUUGCUAACCUCAGGUGUUCAGUGUUGGCAGCUGCUGCAUAUGUAGGAAUAUGUUUGAAUGAUUUCACCAUGGCAUUACAACAUGCUGAAAAUCUUCUAAAGCAACCAAGACUGUCUGGAGCACAGAGAUAUCUAGGUCAUUUAUAUAUGGCAGAAGCACUUGUAGCAUUAGACAAAAUAGCAGAUGGUAUACAGCACUUAAAUCCUGAACUUGUCACAGAUAUCAACACAUUACCACCGGAACCUAAAUCUGAUCAAGAUAAAAAUGAAAAGAAUGAGAAAACUGAGAAAGACAAAGGAGAUAAAGACCAAGAAACAGAGGUCAAAGGUUCAUUUUAUCCAUGGUCACCUCGUGAUUUGACGAGAGCUAAAGCCAUAAUGCAGUAUAACCUUGCCACAGCCCAUGCUAUCAGAGGAGAAUAUGAUAAAGCCAUGGCCAAUCUUGUAGAGAGUUCAAACUACAUGGGUACGCCACUGCCAGCACAGAUGUAUUUCUUAAAAUUGUAUUUAGAUCUGAUUGAAGGAAGAAGAAAGUUGGCACAAAUUGUGAUUAAAGACCAUUUUGGACAUGUGACACCAAAUCGUGAAAACAAAAUGACAUAUAAAUCUGGUACACCAAGACCUGACACAAGUGUUCCAUGAAUUUUAUUUAACUAGGAUAAAUAAAUGACAAAAACAAUUUUACAAUUUCCAGAAGGAAUAAAUGGUGCAAUUUGUCUAAGUGAAGUAAUGACCUUCAUUAUUUAUUUGUUGCAAGACUCGUUUUCAUCAUAAAUUUGUAUCCUACAGAGCCUGGACAGUUUCUUUUUAUUGAUGAUUACAGUAAUAAAUCUUACAAUGACUGCCUUUGA